AUGAGCGACAGAAACGAAAACUUUCCAGACAGAACAGGAACAGAGACAGAAUGUGACAAUGACAGAACUAUCAGUCAUAAUUCCCCACUGCCACAGAACCAAGAGGCUACUACCAUCAGUCACGAUGAUGAGUCUCGUUUGAAGACUAAAAGUCAAUUCCUGAUGGGCAAAGACAAUUGGAUGUGGGAAAUAGGUUCUUGGAUUCUCAGCGCUGUCUGCGUGGUUUUAAUGGUGGUCGUCCUUCUCAAUUUUCAGGGGACAGCACUCUCUAAGUGGCACAUGUCUAUUGCGCCAAACACCGUGAUAUCAAUCCUUGCCACAAUAUCAAAGACUAGCUUACUACUUCCAGUAGCUGAAUGCAUUAGUCAGUUGAAGUGGUUGCAUUUCGACAAGGCCCGUAAGUUGAAUGAUAUGGACUUGUACGACAGUGCAAGUCGUGGACCUAUGGGUUCACUAUUCUUCCUCUGGGAAGUACGCAUAAAUUUAGGAGCUCUGGGUGCAAUUAUCACCGUCAUUUCCCUGGCGCUCGAUCCCUUUGCACAGCAAUUGGUGUCCUUCCCAAGUCGUCAGGCUCCGAUGGGAGAAAACAGCGCGUCUUUCAGGAUCACGCAGGCUUAUGAUUCAGGGGCAUACCAUAACCCGCAAAAUAGCAUAGAGGGGUUCACCGACUUUGGCAUGCAGGGAUCCAUCUUCAGCGGGCUUUUUGAUGGCCUUCCACCGCGUGCAUUUGAGUGUCCAACCUCAAACUGCACAUGGUCAGAUACCUACAGCAAUCUCUCGCUGGGAGUCGUUGGCCAGUGUGAUAAUGUCACUAAGUCAGUCGAUAAUAGUUGCCAAGAUUUCCCCAACACACGGUCAACAGUUUGCAAUAUCACCACCCCUGGAGGUUUUCAGUUCAAUUCAUUAAAACUUCAUCAAAGUGCUAUUUUUCGGUUCACUUGUCUAAACACGACUACACAUACCACCGCCCCUAAGCUCGACACAGAGCUUACCAGCUUCGCCGUAUGGCGACCGUUGGUGAUCGGAGACCUGGAAAAUUUCGAAGUAAUCGAGUGUCGGCUGAGUCUUGCCGGCUACUUAUACAGUGAUAUAACGGUCAAGCAAAAUAUUCUCAACAUACAGAAAGAGGUGCCCAUCCCAUUAGAACUUGUCAGGACACCCAAUUCGAAAUUGAACUACUUCAAACCAACAAGCGACCAGUUCCCACCGGGGCUAUACUUCAAACUUUUAAGGCAGAUUUUUAAUGCAGAAUUAAUAUACCCCACUGGCAAGGAGGACGGAGUCGUGCCAGACGUCUUGUCCAAGGGGAAUUUAUCUCUGAUCACUGAAAACAUCGCCCGCGGCAUGACAGAACACAUCCGAACCGGACCCAACAGCACCAUUUCCAACGGAGUAGCGUACCAAAAUGAGACAUAUAUCCAUGUGAAAUGGCCCUGGGUAAUCUUGCCGAUAACAGUUGUCGCUGGGGCAGGAGUUUUCCUCGCGUGCUCUAUUGGUCUCAAUUCUCGACGCAAGGCCGCUCUGUGGAAGUCUUCCAGUGUGGCCUUGUUAUUACAUUCGGUGGAGGGUUCAGCAGAAGAUGGAUUCCAUUCGCGGGAUAUCCCCCGUGCUGAAAUGGAUGCUUUAGCGGAGAAGAUGCGUGUCUUGCGGGGUGAUAACAUGGGAUUCAGGCGCGAAGAUUAAAUGAAGAUUGGGACUGGGUGACGUGUGCGGGUGCGAGGAUGUGUAUCAACCAGAUUUGACUCUAUAUAUAGUCAGUCAACUGCUUGUGGAUACAAAUUGACCGUCCGCAUCCCAGUUGGGUAUAAACCAACCACUCUAUAACUACACAUCUUGUGCUUCACCGGUCAUUGAUAAAGCAUAUUUUGAUUAGCC